AUGCCCUUUACUGCUGAUUUAAAUGUGAGGUUGGUGAAUAGUGGCAGUCCUUGUGCUGGUAGAGUGGAGGUUCUUCAUGAUGGUCGGUGGGGAACAGUGUGUGAUGAUGACUGGGAUCUGACAGGUGCGGUGGUCUGUAGUGAGCUGGACUGUGGAGAUGCUGUUGGUGUCGCUGGCUUUGGACAUGGAUCAGGACAGAUCUGGAUGAAUGAUGUGAGCUGUAAUGGAUCAGAGUCUACACUGAAGAACUGUGAAUCAGGAGGAUGGGGUAUUCAUAACUGUGGUCAUGAAGAAGAUGCUGGAGUCUUCUGCUUAGGUCACAAAGCUCCUAGACUUAUUGCUGGUUCUCACUUGUGUUCUGGAAGAGUCGAGAUGAUACAUGGAAAGACGUGGGGCACAGUGUGUGAUGCUGCGUUUGAUGAUCAGGAUGCAGAGGUUGUGUGUAGAGAGCUGAACUGUGGGGUUCCUGUACAGCGGCUGGGAGCAGAUGCUUUUGGUGAAGGAGAGGGACACAUGUGGACACAAGACAUUCAGUGUUACACAGCGUUCAGACUGGUAAAUGGUUCAGAUUCCUGUUCUGGUCGAGUAGAAAGUCGGUAUUUGACUGAGUGGAGAACAGUGUGUGAUGGGUGCAUGAAUAUGAGAGCUGCCAGUGUUGUCUGUAGACAGCUGAAUUGUGGGAUUGCUGUGUCUGUUGUGGGAGUGGACUGGUUUGGAGAGGGAACUGGUGAAAUCUGGGCUGAUGUGUUUGAUUGUCAGGAUUCAGAUGAGAGGUGGAUCAGGCUGGUGGGAUCUGGUGGAGAUUGUGCAGGGAGGCUGGAGGUUUUUCACAAAGGCUCAUGGGGGACAGUGUGUGAUGACUCCUGGGAUAUUAAAGAUGCUCAUGUGGUGUGCAGACAGCUGCGGUGUGGAGUGGCUCUCAGUGAUCAGCCAGUACCAGCCUGGUUUGGUCCUGGUUCUGGACCCAUAUGGCUGGAUGAUGUGAACUGUGAGGGGAAUGAGACGUCUCUGUGGAACUGCUCUUCACGGGUCUGGGGAGAUCAUGACUGUAACCACAAGGAGGAUGUAGGAGUCGUGUGCUCAGAGUUUAAAGAGAUCAGGUUAAGUGAAGGCUGUGAAGGGAAUGUGGAGGAUUUCUACAAUGGAUCCUGGGGUAAUGUUUGCUGGAAUCAGAUGAACAGAGACACAGCGAGUCUGAUCUGUCAAGAGCUCAACUGUGGAAGAUCUGCCAGUGAACCCAGUCCUUCAGAUAGACUGAGGUCUUGGAAUUGGUUGGAUGAACUUAAAUGUAGAUCACAUGACUCCACUUUAUGGCAGUGUCCAUCUUCACCCUGGGGACAGAAUAACUGUGAUAAAGAUGAAGUGGCCAAAGUUACCUGCUCUGGGAGUCUCAUCUCUGAAGAACAGUAUUCUGGGUAUGAAGAUGUCGAAGAUGACAUCCUCUCAGAUAAAGAACAUAAUAUUGAAUAUUAUGAUGAUGUCAUCAGUGGCGGUGACCCAAAAGAAGAAAUGGUGAAAAACGUCUCAGCAGAAUACUAUGAUGAUGUCAUCACUGAUGGAUUAGACGCAGACAGUGAGACAGACACACUAGAGAAUUAUGAUGACGUCAUUAACGGACAGAACUUUCAAGAUCAAAUAGUCAGAGAAGAGGUGGUUCAUGAUGUUCCCCGGAGUCUUCUGACAUGUUCUACCUCACCAUCACCUCACCAGAGACAAUGUUCAAGUCAUGUUCCUCUCAGACUGAGUGGAGGUAAAGGCAGGUGUUCUGGGAGGCUGGAGGUGUAUCAUAACUCUGAGUGGGGUUCAGUCUGUGAUGAUCUGUGGGACAUCAGAGAUGCUCAGGUGGUCUGCAGGCAGCUGGGUUGUGGAGCAGCAUUGAGUGCUGAUGGGAAUGAAGCGUUUGGUGCUGGUGAAGGUGUUGUGUGGCUGAACAGAGUCGAGUGCAGAGGGACUGAGAUUCACCUGUGGGACUGUCCUCACGUCCUGAAAAAACACACUGACUGCUCACACAAAGAACAUGUUGAACUCAUCUGUGCAGAUUUGUCUGCGUUCACAACUCCAGCCACAACAACAACAACAACAACAACAACUCUAUCUCAGACUAACAAGAGCCCAGUGACUUCUCAAACUCCUCCAUCAGAGUCUCUCUUCAUUCUUCCAGUGGUUGUGAUUGUUCUGGGAGUUUUGCUCUUACUGCUCUUAGUUCCGCUGCUGAUACUGAUUCAACACAACAGAGUGAUGAGGAGAGCUCUCUCUAAGAGGAGACACUGGACUCAGACUGAAGCAGUUUAUGAAGAAAUUGAGCCCAGACACAAAAACAGACACAAACACUUUAGUCAGAGAGGGAGUCUCAUCUCUGAAGAACAGUAUUCUGGGUAUGAAGAUGUCGAAGAUGACUUCUUCUCAGAUAAAAAAUAUAAUAUUGAAUAUUAUGAUGAUGUCAUCAGUGGCGGUGACCCAAAAGAAGAGAUGGUGAAAAAAGUCCCAGCAGAAUACUAUGAUGAUGUCAUCACUGAUGGAUUAAAAGCAGACAGUGAGACAGAAAACACUGUUGAGAAUUAUGAUGAUGUCAUCAACACAGGACAGAACUCUGAUCUUGAAAAAGACACACUAGAGAAUUAUGAUGACGUCAUUAACGGACAGAACUUUCAAGAUCUAAUAGGAGUCCACGAGGAGUAUGAUGAUGUGAAGAAUGACAGAGAAGAUGUGACAAACAUGUUAGACUAUGAUGAUGUGGGGGAGGAGUCACACAAUGUGGGACAGGCUAGGAUUAUGGAGAUCUGUCUCACACUCAUUUUAUUUUCCUCUGUAGUAAUGACCAUCACUGCUGAUGUGAAUGUGAGGUUGGUGAAUGGUGACAGUUCUUGUGCUGGUAGAGUGGAGGUUCUUCUUGGUGGUCAUUGGGGAACAGUGUGUGACUAUGGUCAAUGGGAUCUGACAGAUGCUAAAGUGGUGUGUAGAGAGCUGGGCUGUGGAGAUGCUGUUGAUGUUGCUCGCUUUGGACAAGGAUCAGAACCAAUAAAAAUGGCUUAUGUGCAGUGUAGUGGCUCAGAGUCCACACUGAAGAACUGCAAAUUUCUGAACGGGGCUAUUCAGUACUGUUCUCAUGCUGAUGAUGUUGGAGUCACCUGCUCAGGUGUCACACAAUAUGUUAGGUCAAGCCUAGUUGCUGGUUCUCAUUUGUGCUCUGGAAGAGUAGAGAUGUAUUAUGGAGGAAGAUGGGGCACGGUGUGUGAUGCUGCGUUUGAUGAUCAGGAUGCAGAGGUUGUGUGUAGAGAGCUGAACUGUGGGGUUGCUGUACAGCGGCUGGGAGCAGAUGCUUUUGGUGAAGGAGAGGGACACGUGUGGACACAAGACAUUCAAUGUAGAGGAAAUGAGUUGUCCAUUCUACACUGUUCAUCAACACCUUCACAUUAUGAUAACUCCAACCACGAUAAUGACGUGGGACUGAUAUGUUCGGGUUACACUGACUUCAGACUAGUGAACGGCUCUGAUUUCUGUUCUGGUCGAGUAGAAAGUCGGUAUUUGACUGAGUGGAGAACAGUGUGUGAUGGGUGCAUGAAUAUGAGAGCUGCCAGUGUUGUCUGUAGACAGCUGAAUUGUGGGAUUGCUGUGUCUGUUGUGGGAGUGGACUGGUUUGAAAAGGGAUCUGGUGAAAUCUGGGCUGAUGUGUUUGAUUGUCAGGGGAAUGAAACACAACUCUCACAAUGUUCAAUCUCUUCAUGGAGUCGAGCUGAAUAGUCUCAUAAACAAGAUGUUGGAGUCAUUUGUUCUAAUUCCUCUCUCUCUCUUCAUGAUGGUGGUGUGAGGUUGUCUGGAGAGAGAGAGUGUGAGGGGGAGCUGGAAGUUUACAUUGAUCAGGUCUGGAGGAGAGUUCUGCUGGACUCAUGGAGUGUCACUGAAUCCUCUGUGGUCUGCAGACAGCUGGGCUGUGGCUCUGUGCUGAACUUCUCUGGGUCCUCUUCAUCCAGUGCUGAACACAGUCAUGAGUGUGUGAUGGGCUUCAAGUGAUCUGGGACUGAACAUCAUCUGAGGAACUGCAGCAGCUCUACUCAAACUCUCAACUGCAGCUCCACACAACAUCUGUCAAUCACCUGCCUUGGUGAGAGGUCGAUCAGGUUGGUGGGAUCUGGUGGAGAUUGUGCAGGGAGGCUGGAGGUUUUUCACAAAGGCUCAUGGGGGACAGUGUGUGAUGACUCCU